AUGCUACAGAGAUCUAAAACAACAGAAGCAAGUCAUACAGAAGAAACAAUAGACCUGAGGCAAACAAUGGGUCUGUCGAUCUCAUACCCACCGGAUGACUACUUGCCAGCAGAUGAUGACAACUCGGACAGGCUAUUCGUCCGGUCCUUAAGCUUACACAACCUCGGCAGCCUUGAGACCCCUGAUUCGCCACCGGAAAUAUCCGAUGCCGUGAGCUCUACGAAGCCUGCAAGAAAAGGGUCCUUAAAUGCCAGGAGAAAAGAGGGUCCUCCAUUACAUGUCGAUACUACGAAACCCAGGGCGAGUCCUAAACCUGACACGGAAUGUUGUACCCAUAAGCACAACCACAGCCUUCCAAAAUAUGGCGCAAAUUACCUGCCACCAAAUUCUCCGGUGGUCGGGAUGGUCAGCCCGCAGCACCAGGCCGCAGCAGUAAGGGUGCAGAAGGUAUACAAGAGCUUCAGAACAAGACGGCAGCUUGCUGACUGCGCUGUUCUUGUCGAACAACGGUGGUAUGUUACAAUUUCAUGUGCUUGUCGUCCAUUGUUGUAUUUGAUACAGUGGCUCUUUGUCACUGGUGUAACGAUGCCUGAAAUUUGCGAUGCCGAAUUCAGGUGGAAGCUGCUCGAUUUCGCACUGCUCAAGCAAAGUUCGGUGUCAUUCUUCGAGGAAGAGAAGCCAGAGACUGCCCUCUCAAGAUGGUCACGGGCCAGAAUAAAGGCUGCCAAGGUAGGCAAAGGUUUGUCCAAGGAUGAAAAGGCCCAGAAGCUCGCACUUCAGCAUUGGCUAGAAGCAAUUGACCCCCGGCAUCGAUACGGUCACAACCUCCACUACUAUUACAAAAGCUGGCUUCACUGCGACAGUCAACAACCUUUCUUCUACUGGUUGGAUGUGGGUGAAGGAAAAGAGAUUAAUCUUGAGGACCACUGCCCAAGAUGGAAGCUGCUGCAGCAAUGCAUCAGGUAUCUUGGCCCUAAAGAGAGGGAGUUCUAUGAGGUAAAAAUUGAGAAUAAGAUUAUGAUGUACAAGCUGAGCUGCAAGAUUGUCGACACGUCCGAGGGGCCCAAGGAUGCAAAAUGGAUCUUUGUGUUGAGCACGACGAAAAUUCUGUACAUAGGCACGAAGAGCAAGGGAACAUUUCAGCACUCCAGCUUCCUUGCCGGUGGAGCCACAUCUGCUGCCGGGAGAUUAGUCGUCGCGAACGGAAUCCUAAAGGCUGUGUGGCCUCAUAGCGGGCACUACCGGCCCACGGAGGCGAACUUCCGGGAGUUCAUGAAGUAUCUCAGGAAGAGGAACGUCGAUCUCACCGAUGUGAAGUUGAGCCCAACAGAAGGCGAGGAGGACGAAUGGCUGAGGAGCUGCCUCUCCCAGAUGGAUCUAACAACGGAGAUCAGCACGCCGAAGAAGCAAGGAGACACCAGGGCCCAACUCCCUCGCGGUGACAAGAAGAAGAUCAAACCGGCCGUGCCGGCCGCGCCACCUUCCACCAGCGGCGAGGCAGGCGCCGGCUCGCCGGGGAUGAAGCGCUCCUCGUCGGGCACCCGGCUGCAGCGCAAGCGGCCGCCGAGGCUGACGGUGAACAAGAACCGUCUGGACAAGGGCGCGGCGGAGCAGGACGCCGGCACGUUCGGCGACCGGCUGGACUUCUGCAAGGCGAACCUCUUCACGGGGCGCAGCGCGGAGGGCGGGGAGGGGGGCGAGGAGCCGGCGGUGCCGCAGGAGAGGAUCAUGCACCGGAUCAACUCCAAGAUGGCGCACAAUUCGUACCAGCUCGGGCAGCAGCUGUCGCUCCGGUGGACGACCGGCGCCGGCCCGCGGAUCGGAUGCGUGCGCGACUACCCGCCGGAGCUGCAGUUCCGGUCGCUGGAGCAGGUCAGCCUGUCCCCGCGCGCCGGCGCCGGCCCGCCCAGGCUCGGGGCGACCCCGCGGCAGAGGAGCCCGUGCACGCCGUCGCCCCUCGGCGCGCCCGGGACUCCCGCGGCGCCGCUGCUUCAGCACGGCGCGGCGUAG